CUUCUGGCUCUCGAGUCCUCACUCUUGUCCUGCUUGUGAACUGCCUGAGUAUGGAGCUGCUGUGUUGCGAGAAUAUCCGGCGUUCACCCCGGGCUGGGUCAGACCCGCAGCUGCUGGAGGACCAGCGUGUCCUGCAGACCCUGCUCCGCAUGGAGGAGCGCUACUUGCCCUGCGUCUCCUACUUUCAGUGCGUGCAGAAUGAGAUCAAGCCGCACAUGCGGAAGAUGCUGGCUUACUGGAUGUUGGAGGUGUGUGAAGAGCAGCAUUGUGAGGAGGAAGUCUUCCUCCUGGCCAUGAACUAUCUGGAUCGAUUCCUGUCCUGGGUCCCUACUCGGAAGUCGCAGUUGCAGCUCCUGGGUUCGGUCUGCAUGCUACUGGCCUCCAAGUUUCGUGACACCACCCCCCUGACCAUCGAAAAGCUCUGCAUCUACUCCGACCACGCUGUUUCUCACGGCCAAAUACUGGACUGGGAGUUGCUGGUCCUGGGGAGGCUCAAGUGGGACCUGGCUGCUGUCAUUCCCUAUGACUUCUUGGCUUUGAUUCUGCACCGGCUCCCAUUGCCUAGUGACCGGCAGGCCUUGGUCAGAAAGCAUGCCCAGACCUUUCUGGCCCUCUGUGCCACAGAUUUCAGUUUUGCCAUGUACCCACCAUCUAUGAUUGCAACGGGCAGUGUUGGGGCUGCAGUCCAAGGCUUGGGUGCCAGUUCCAUGUCCGCAGAUGAGCUCACCGAGCUGCUGGCAGGGAUCGUAGGCACUGAAGUGGAUUGCCUGCGGGCCUGUCAGGAGCAGAUUGAAGCUGCACUCAGGGAGAGCCUCAGGGAUGCCCAGCCUAACUCCAGCCCAGUGCCCAAAGCUCCUCGGAACACGGGCAGCCAGGAGACCAACCAGACCAGCACACCUACAGAUGUUACAGCCAUUGACCUGUAG